CUAGCGGCGGGAGAGCUCUGCGGCUAGAGGGAUGUGGGGGGGCUGCCUAUAGUCGCCGCGGCCCGCGGCAUUUUGGGGCCCUUUUUUUGUGUGUGGCCCGCAGGCUCCCCCCCCAACUCCGCCCAGCGUCGUGACGUUUGACACAAACCCCGCCCAGCGUCAUGACGAUAGGCCCCCGAAUUCCGUCCCUCGCUUUUUUGGGGGCGGUGUUGGUGGUUUUUCAAGCCAAUCAGGCUUUUGGGGGGGGCGGGUCUCCAUGCAACUCUCGGCCGGGCCUGGGGGCUUCGUUACGACUGCAGCCAUCCUGCCUCUGUUUCUAGGGGGAACUUGGGGGGGGGCUUAACCCUGCCGCCCUCACCGUAGCCAGGGGGCUUAACCUGGCCGCACGCCCUCUGCUCCUGGGGGAGUGGGGGGACUUGAGUGGCUGGGACUUGCCCCCCUGUUUCUUGGGGUGCAACCCGACGGGCUCAGCCCUGCCCCAGCCCCGCAGCUGCUAGGCAGGAACGACUGGUGGGGUCCCCCUCGCUCUGGUUUCCUGCAGCCUCCCCCAUUCCCUCUCUUUCUUUCCCUUGUGAUUGACACCGCAGAAGGAGCUGGCGAUGGACGUAUUCGGGGACUUGCGGCGAAUGAACAAACGCCAGCUAUAUUACCAAGUAUUAAAUUUUGCCAUGAUUGUGUCUUCUGCGCUUAUGAUAUGGAAAGGUCUGAUUGUCAUCACGGGAAGUGAAAGCCCUAUUGUUGUGGUACUCAGUGGCAGCAUGGAACCAGCAUUUCAUAGAGGAGACCUGUUAUUCUUAACAAAUUUCCAAGAAGACCCUAUUAGAGCUGGUGAAAUAGUUGUUUUUAAAGUUGAAGGCAGAGAUAUUCCAAUAGUUCACAGAGUAAUCAAAAUCCAUGAAAAAGAAAAUGGAAACAUCAAAUUUCUGACUAAGGGUGAUAAUAAUGAAGUUGAUGAUAGAGGCUUGUACAAAGAAGGACAGAACUGGCUAGAAAAGAAGGAUGUUGUUGGAAGAGCGAGAGGCUUUUUGCCUUAUGUUGGGAUGGUUACCAUAAUAAUGAAUGACUACCCAAAAUUUAAGUAUGCUCUUUUGGCAGUAAUGGGAGCAUAUGUAUUACUGAAACGUGAAUCCUAAAACAAGAGGAAAACGGCCUUGCCCAAGAUUGAAGUUAAAACUAUUGGAAAAACUAAUAUAUUUCAAAUGUUCCAAUUUCUUUAUCAGGUUACGCAAAACCGUGCAAACUUAUUUUUGUUUCGUCCAAAUAAAUUGAGUAAUGAGUAAA